UCGCAGUCGCCAUGUUGUAUGAAAACCGCUGGUGCUGUGGAUUAGAGUUUAAUCCGAGAGAAAAGAGGGGAGAGUCAGGACGACUCAACAGAUCACUAGUAAAUACGCAGAAAGCAAACAGGUCUGCAAUUAGAUGCGAUUCAACAACCAGGAGAAAACUUUUUCGGAUAACAGUAAUAGCGUGAAAAAGAAACUAGUGCAUUUUCUCCUGUCUCGCGUUUCCUGGCUCUGCUGAUUUUCAUCCUCCGGCAGAAACUGACAGCAACUGGGGUCGCUCCUUUAACCAAGGACACACAAUUCCGCCUUUUCCCAGCCUUCCCUUUCCUCCCCAGUCCCCUGAGUAUAUGUGACUAUACACGUUAGGGACGGUUUUUAGGGACCGGCUCUCCUUACUUUACACAGGAGCAGCCAUUUACUUUUUCUGUUACCCGAGACGUAGCUAGCCUGCUAGCUAACUCUAUUAGCUAGGUGGUUAGCUACGCGUCUGGUUUUGGUGAGCAAACACAGUUUGGACGAUGUCGACCAAGGACCAGAACAAACUCUCCACCAUUGAGCGGCCCAUUAAAGCGGUGCCUCAUCCCCCGACGACUCGCCUCACCAUGAAGGAGCUCUACGAGGAAGGUCGACCCAAGUUGGAGCUGCUGAAGGCUCACCUGCUAAAGGAGGGAAGGCUGGAGGAGGAUUUGGCGCUGCGCAUCAUCAACGAUGGAGCCAACAUCCUGCGCCAUGAGAAGUGCAUGCUGGAGGUGGAGGCGCCUAUUACAGUCUGUGGAGAUGUUCACGGACAGUUCUUUGACCUGAUGAAGCUGUUCGAGGUUGGAGGUUCCCCCAAUAACACACGCUAUUUAUUCCUGGGCGAUUAUGUGGAUCGAGGUUACUUCAGCAUCGAGUGUGUGCUGUAUCUGUGGGCUCUGAAGAUCAACCACCCCACUACACUCUUCCUCCUCCGAGGGAACCACGAAUGCCGGCAUCUCACAGAGUACUUUACCUUCAAACAAGAGUGCAAGAUAAAGUAUUCAGAACGUGUGUAUGACGCGUGUAUGGAGGCGUUUGACUGUUUGCCUCUGGCCGCACUGUUGAAUCAGCAGUUUCUGUGUGUGCACGGGGGCCUGUCACCCGAAAUCAGCUGCCUUGAUGAUAUUCGCAAGUUAGAUCGGUUUAAAGAGCCUCCAGCUUUCGGGCCAAUGUGUGACCUGCUCUGGUCAGAUCCUGGUGAGGAUUAUGGCAGUGAAAAAACACAGGAGCAUUUCUGUCACAACAGUGUGAGAGGCUGCUCUUACUUCUACAGUUAUCCUGCUGUGUGCGAUUUCCUGAUGAACAAUAACUUGUUGUCGAUAAUCCGAGCACACGAAGCCCAGGACGCAGGGUACCGAAUGUACAGAAAAAGCCAGACGACGGGCUUCCCGUCAUUAAUCACAAUCUUCUCAGCACCAAACUACUUAGAUGUUUAUAAUAAUAAAGCUGCUGUGUUGAAAUAUGAGAAUAACGUCAUGAAUAUCCGGCAGUUUAACUGCUCUCCUCAUCCGUACUGGCUGCCCAACUUCAUGGACGUUUUUACGUGGUCUUUACCUUUUGUCGGAGAGAAAGUGACAGAGAUGCUGGUGAACGUGUUGAACAUUUGCUCUGACGAUGAGCUCAUGUCAGAAGGAGACGAUACCUGUGAAGGUGGUGCUCCGGCUGUUCGUAAGGAGGUGAUCAGGAAUAAGAUUCGUGCCAUCGGCAAAAUGGCCAGAGUUUUCUCUAUACUUAGGGAGGAGAAUGAGAGUGUGUUACAGCUGAAGGGUUUAACCCCCACUGGGACGCUGCCACUCGGGGUGCUUUCUGGGGGCAGGCAGACGCUGCAGAGCGCCACCGUAGAAGCAGCCGAGGCCCGAGCUAUUCAAGGCUUCAACCCUCAGCACAAGAUCCAGAGUUUCGAGGAGGCACGCGGUUUGGACCGGAUAAACGAAAGAAUGCCUCCGCGAAAGGACUCAACCGCCAACUCCAUCAACGCCGACAAGAACGGCACCAACGCACAGGCGUAGUGUCCCGCUCACCCUCUUCAUGUCUCGCUCUCAUUCUCUCUCCUGCUCUCUCCCGCUUUCUCUCAUCUUAAAUUCACUCCUGGACCGUUUUGUGAGAAACCGGCACUAACACACAGGCGAACCCCCACUCCAGGUCAAUGAAAAACCAUCUCUGUCUCUCUCUCUCAUUCUCUCUUUCCCUCGUCUUUACUCACUCCAUCCAAUUUCUCUUGGAGAAAAACGGCACAACACCGUUUAAAAAAAAAAAUCAUUUUUUUAUUUAUUUAUUGAUAUAUGAUAAGAACUUAAGAAAAGUUAAGUAUAUAAUGUUGGGAAAAAAAAUCAAGAUAAAUAAAUAAAGGAAUAAAUAACAUUUACAAAGAGUAUUCAACGUGCAUAAAACACAGUAUGUAUAAAUAGCCUUGGAUCGGCGUCAUCACAGUUGAAAUCCAUUUUGUAAUUUAUUUUUAUUUUUUUUUUUUCCUCCUUUUUUUUUUUAUUUUUUCUCUGAAUUCAGCCAAGACUUAGUUUAGCAAAAACAAAUAUUGUGCAUGCUUGGCAAGAUGGCACUCGAAUAUAUUGCUCGGGGUGGGGUAACACACAGACACAUUCAUACACACAUUCACACACACACACACAAAAAAAUAGCUUUCAUUAGCGAACUGCUUUCUUGCCAGUGAUGAAGUGCUCGGUUGACUCAAGUGUUCACACACUGAUAUGUAUCUGUCUAAACUUUAACGUGUUCCUACACUUGAAUGUUUUGGAUUUGAGCUAUUUUUUUAAAUUAUCAUUGUCCGCACGUAUCAGGUGUCCCCUGAAACAAAACAACAAAACCCAUUGAAGUCUGCACAUGAAGACAGUGUGUGGUGGCAUGGUUGCAGUAUAUACCUAAGCUGUACAAGCAGACGUUUCCAAAAAGAAAAGGGUACAAAUCUGCACCUUAACCUGUUGCUGCGAGGACGGAAAAAGAGAAUUUCAACUUUUAUACCUUCAGUGUGUAUCUUCUAUCUAGCGUUAAAUCUCUACCGUAAAAGUUCAUUAUGCUCCAAAGAUGCGUAUUAAAAAGGUGAAAAGACAAAGCAACGAGGAAAGGUUCAAGUUUAGCACCAUUUUAUCAGAGCGUAUAUCCGAACGUAAUAUUUUCCUAAAUGCAAAGUGUUAAAUUUCAUCACGUAAAUCAGCAUAUAGUUAGAUCAGAUUAUCGACCUGUUCAGGAAUUAUUAUAAAAGGAUUUUUGCGAACAGACAUCUGGUUUAGGGUUUAGAACAAAAAAGUGGUGAAAUCAGCGUCAUGAAAUAAAAAAAAAUAAGUCUAGCAUGCAACAUGUGUACAUUCACCAAAUUUCCAAUUAUGCCAUGUUCUUCCUCCCUUUUUCUUUGCUUUUUUUAAAAAAAUACUGUUCUGUUGUUAUUAUUAUUAUUAUUAUUAUUAUUAUUAUUAAUACAAAGCCAGUUUCACUCCAGUGACACUAUAGGACUCAUUAAGUGGAUUUGUUUUUGUCCUCCAUCACUUUUCAGUGCUGCUUGUUAACUUCAGGGACCAAUUCCCUAGCUGAUCAAACUAAAUCCCAUUGUUUUCUUUUCUUUUCUUUUCUUUUUAAACUGACCUUUUCAUCGAUGUCUCUCACUUAGAGAUUCUUUAAUCGGUUUAAUCCGUCGCUUUUCCGCUCUGAGGUGAGACACCAUGUCGUGUAACUCCAGUCCCACUGCUGUAGGAUUUUGGCCCGUGACUAAUUAACGUGUUUUGAGGAUUAUUAAUUGGUAAGGUAUGUGGGGCGGGGGGCAUAUAGCGAGGACAGGGUUGGAGAAAAGUGUGACACAGUCGACGAAUGAUCUACGGAUUAAAGAUUCACUCAGUCGUUAAAGUUAGUGUAAGUAAAGGUUAUAAAGCAAUCGUUACUUCCUUAAAAGUUCAUGAAUGGCUGAAAGUUCUGCACCAAUGAAACCUCAAAACUCUAAUCCAAAAUCAGAGAUCAGUUGUAUUAUAAGAACCACAGAGCAGUGCAUUGUGGGAUGCGCUGCAGGCUCACAAGCACUAAAAUGAUUAAAAUCAUUAGCAUCCAGAUUAAAAUUCAGGGUUUUUUUUAUUUUAUUUUAUUUGCUUGUUUAUUUCCUCCCCCGUUUUUCUCCAUAUGUUUGUCGAUUGUGUAGCCCCUGUUCUCAACAAAAUGGGUCCGCAGAAUCCAAAGGCUUUUUUUUUUUUCUAGUUCUCUAGUAGUUUAUUUUUUUGUUAUAUUAUUUCCCUCCCCUCCUUGUCUGACAUAAAGGGGAACUGACUGUGGCGUGGUGUGUGUGACCGUAUUUAGGCUUUUUUUUUUCUCUCUCUCUUUGCGCUAUUAAGGAGUUGAAUGGAGAGAUGCUCCGCCUCAGGAGGGCUUCAUUUCUGACUUCUGUUAUGGUUUUCAAACAUAUCUUACAGAAUGUACAGAAAAAUUAAUGUCUAUUAGGAUUUUUAUUUCUUAAUAGCUGAUAAAAGUUUUUUUUUUUUUUUUUUUUUGGUCAAGUACUUGUAUUGCAAGGCCUCAACAAAUCUGGAUUCAUGUAGAUGUAUCACACCAUUAGAAGAAAACAAAAAAAAACAAAACAAAAAGAAACUAAAAAGAAAUAUAAAAAAGUUGGGGAAAAGAAA